AUGGGCUCCGUUUCCUUGUCUGAGAUGCAGAAUCCCUCAUGUCUCCUGUGCGGCCCGUUUGACGCGAGAUUCGAAGAUAGACCCCUUCCAGAGAUCGAGGAUCCAUCCGACGUGAUCAUUCGCAUCGCAUACACAGGCGUCUGUGGAAGCGACGUCCAUUUCUGGCUCCAUGGCGGAGUCAAACGCCUUGUAUCCCCCGAGCAACCGAUCGUCAUGGGCCACGAAGCGUCUGGCAUCGUCCACGCCGUUGGAUCAUCGGUUUCCACUCUCCAGCCUGGAGAUCAUGUCGCCAUUGAACCGGGUUACCCGUGCCACCGGUGUCCCUGCUGCAAGAGCGGCCGGUACAACCUCUGCCCGCGGAUGAAGUUCGCUGCGGCCCCGCCUAGCUGCCACGGCACGUUGACCAAGUACUUCCGUCUGCCUGCGGACUACUGCUAUAAGAUUCCCCCAGGGACGUUAGGGCUAGACGAGGCGGUGCUGAUGGAACCGCUGGCGGUUGCGGUGCACUCGGUGCGACAGGUGGGUGUGCGGCCUGGGCAUCGGGUGGUGGUGUUUGGAGCGGGAACGGUGGGCUUGCUCUGUGCGGCAGUGGCGAGGGAGUUUGGGGCCAGGACGGUCGUUAUCGUUGACGUUAACCAAGCGAAGCUGCAAUUUGCGCGGUCGUUCCUCGCGAGCGAGGAGAUGGUCUUAGGGACGUUUGUGCCGGAUGCUUCCAGGUCUUCGGAGGAGAAUGCCGCCGCUUUGCUGGAGGAGUAUGACCGAGUGGAGCACCGGAGCGACGAGAUACCCGGUUUUGAUGUCGUCAUUGAGGCUACGGGUGCGGAGCCUUGCAUUCAGAUGGGGAUUGAGGUGCUUCGGGUUGGGGGGGCGUUUAUCCAGACGGGGCUUGGGAAGCGGAAUGUGAGCUUUCCCAUUUGCACGGUUGCAGAGAGGGAGAUUGUGGUGAAGGGAUGCUUUCGUUAUGGACCUGGGGAUUUUCUGAUGGGCCUGCAGUUUGCGGUUGAGGGGAGGAUUCCUGUCAGGCAGUUCAUUACCAAGGUGUUCCCUUUUGAGAGUGCGACGGAGGCUUGGGAGACGACGAGGCGAGGAGAGGGCAUCAAGACCUUGAUUGAGGGUGUCCAGUGA